CUCCCGCGCUCGGCUGCGGCUGUUCCCGCGCAGCGCCGUGAGGUGAUCACCACAGAGGCGGCUCCAGGAGCCUCCCUGCCCCGGCUGCUUCCUCACAGCUCCUCAAAACCUCACGGCUGUCACAGGAGCCCCUCGCCCUGCCUUGGGAGAGCUCUCCGGCGGGCCUUGGAGCGAGGCUUCCGUCGCUGCCGGCUGGGCUGAGGGCUCAGGGAGCAGCGCCUUCCCCUCCUUUCGGUGAGGUUCUGUCACCCGCCCAGCACCCUGCUUCCCCUCAGUUUUCUCUGAGACUCAGGUGCUACCUUGGGGCUAUCAACUAUAUAUACCAUGAAUAAGACGAGGCACCAGUCUCUGUUCUUUGUCAGUCUGCCAGAGCUGCAAAAACUUUGUGCUGCUACAGUAACACUGAGAUCUCAGAUACCAGAAGCUGAGACAAGGAGUACACAGAUAAAGGUUUGCAGACAGUUGCUAUUCCUGUAUCAAGAGAUCCUUUCUGCACCUAUUAUUGGAACCCUAAAUCAAAUUUCAGUUGUAAUGUCGAUAUCAUUUUACAAUUCAGGAAUACUUCAAGCCUAUGUAGAAAGACAAGAAGCUACUCUGGAAGCACCACAAACAGUUACUCCAGCCAUUCUCCAAACCUGUCUCUCCUAUACACUUACAGCCAGACUUGCACCCAAAUGGAACAAGGCUGGCCAUCUCUUGGUGCAAGGGAAAGACUUUCUGUCUCAUUCAGGAAAGCAAAAUGCUGUUGUUGUAGAUCUCAGUGUGUCAGAGAGACAGCUUUGCAUCAGUGUGGAAGCUUGCUCUAUACGGUUGCCACCCCCUGAGCUGGGAGAUUUUGAUAUUUCAGAAAACACUGUAAAGCUGUUUGGCAGCAAUGAAAAUACAGUUAUUCACCAACAUUCCAUAUUAAGUAACUGGUGCUAUGUUUUGCCAAGCAUGAAAAUGGGUCAGAUCAUAAACAUCAGCCAUAUAAUUCCUCCAGAAUCUCCUUUCCGUUCAUAUAAAGAAUUUCAGGUGCACUGGAAGAGUUUGUAUGGAUAUAUUCUUCCUGAGGAUCUUGAAGAGACAAAAAUAUACUUGAGUGUUUACUUCAAACCAAUAGGGGAAAGGUUCUUCACGUAUCCUUUAAGUUGCGUUCGAAGUCAGCCAGUGCAGUAUUUCCCCAGAACAGAUGCAGAAAGUGUAGUGAACUCUUUUGUUUCUGACAUGAAGAGCAGUCUUACACAACUAUGUGGAUUCCCAGUGAAGAUGACAAGUAAAGCACUUUAUGCUACACAAGAACUCUCCAGGGCUCCGGAAAUAAAAUCUAAGCAUAUGAAAUUGGAUGGUGAGAUGGUUUGUGUAGUAUCUCUAACGCAGGCUCCUCCACCAAGGAAACCGACUUUGCCUAGAAUUCCUUCACCGUGCAGUACGGAAAACAGCCACUGGAUGGAGCGUUUGAUCAAAGAGCCAGGAACCCGCAGUAUUUCGAGUAGCGGCAAAGGCACAGGAGAGGUUAGCACUGAAGCAACAGAGAAAUCAAUUAAUAACAACCAAAUACCAGGAGUAACGGAGUCACCAGCUGCGAAAUCUUUAGGAAUACCUGUAAACUCAGCCUCUGAGUUCCUUCCCCCCAAAGUCAGCAAAAUUAUACCAAUUUUCAAAGGAAAGUUGAUGCAAAUGAAUGGGAAGGCCACAAAUCAAACAGAUAGGAUGAAAAGGGAAAAUGCUGAAAGACCAAUUAAAGUUACAGGUGUUUCAUCUUCUGUGCUGACUGUCCACAAGUCCAGCAUAACUCAGGUUUUCAAACAAGUUCAAAAUCUGCCAGUCAAAAAUCCUACUGACAGCAGCGUAUUUCAGGCAAUGAAAACAAAAACCGGCACAAAACAUGGUGCACCCAUAUUUCGAUGGAGAACAGAGUCUGGUGGACAAAUUACUAAUUCUAAUUUUUCUGAAAACUCAGCUUCAGGUGGGAAUCCAAGUGAAGUCAAUCAUAAAAAGGCAAAUUCUCCCUUCUUUCUUAAGAAUGGGCCAGUGCUUCAGAAAUCCAACCCCAAUCUGAGUCUGAAUGCACAUGAAUCUCCUACUUCCAGUGCAAGAAGGGGAAAAAAGUUUGCAAGUCAAAAUACCCCGCAAGUUCUUAAGGAACAACACCAGUCAGAGGAAGUGCAUUCGCAGAUUUGUAAAUUAGACAAUGAAAUUACAAAUUCCAGUUUAUCACUGCAACAAAGAAAGAGAUCAAAUAAAGGAGUGGGAUUAAAUAUUCAUGAAUCUGUCUUCAAAGAUAUAGUCUGCAUCUCCAAAAGUGAAGAAAAUAAAGCAUUAUGCCAUUCUAAGGACUAUGUCGCUAAGACAACCAGUCAUCAUUACAAAUCUAACUUCGAACAGAUAAUUACGGGGAACAAGUAUCUAACAUGUGAAACACUGACCUCAGAACUGACUUUGUCAGUCAAGGACAGCAAUAUGGAAGCAUCUGCAAAGAAAGGUUGUGCCAGAAGAAGACAGUGCAGUUCAGAAAAGGGCAGUACAGCAACCCCAGGGGCCUGCUGCAGGAACACAGUCAUACCCUGGAGCUCAAGCUACAGCAGGGAAGAGAGGAGUUGAUGUGGGAAGCGCCAGCCCAGCUGCUCUGAGCUGGCCCCAUCCAGCUGCAGCUGGGAAAGGCCCUUCCACGGGGCCACAACUGAGUCACUGGUUACAGGCCCAGCACUACAGUGCUAUAGCAGUAAAGUCGGUCUCACAAAGAGAAGAAAAGAAGCAACUAAAAAUAAGUGUGGUCAUAAGAAUAACAACCCCAGGGGUCUGAGUACUGAAGGGAAACUUCCACCGCAAUACAAAGGACAGUGCUCUUUCCCCGUUCCAACAGUGCUGCCAGACAAGCUACAAGUUCUCUGAUUUGUCUGGUCUGCCCAAGUUGCAGAAGCAGUUCCAUUCUCACAAGCCCUACUGUGUCUGGGUCAUUCCCAGUGGCAGGCAAAGGACUUCAGCAUUGUCCUGUCCUAGUCCAGAGUCACAAGUGCCUCAUGCAUUCCUCACUCUCUAGGCAGGCUGUGAGUAGCACAGGUACCUGCCUGAGCCCUUCAAGCUAAUUUUGGAAAGUGUGAGGACACAGCAAGUUCUCGCUGCCACACUGUCAGAGCAGUACUGCCGCUGCUGGACUCAAGUGAGGUGGAGGCACAGCUCUAGGGAAAUUUCACAUGGAGUCUCAGGAAUAGGAGAGGGACUUGUCUGUUCACUGGGAUAGGGAUGGACUC